AUGACGGAAGAAGCAGGUCUGCCAGAAGGCGUUUCUCCCGAGGAUCUUAAGUCUUUUACUGAGCAUCUGAAAGGCUCUCGGCGAAUCCUAGCCUUGGUUGGAGCUGGACUCUCUGCAUCCUCGGGGCUACCCACUUUUCGUGGUGCUGGUGGACUCUGGCGAUCAUAUUAUUCGGCUGCGCUGGCCACCCCAGAGGCUUUCGAGGAAAAUCCUGGACUCGUCUGGCAAUUCUACAGCUAUCGCCGGCAUAUGGCUCUUGGUGUAGAACCAAACAAGGCACACUACGCUCUCGCUGCAUUGGCUCGCGAAAAUGUGAACUUUCUUACGGUAUCCCAGAAUGUCGAUGGACUGUGUGAGAGAGCGCAACACCUUGGCAGAAGCCUGCAUCUAGUGCAUGGAUCUCUUUUCGAAGUCAAAUGCCAUGAAUCUGAAUGUGAUUACUGGCGUGCAGACGACUUUCACGACCCUAUUGUGCCUGCUCUCGAAAUCCCGACGCUGGGGCUGAACUUACCUGCCUCGCGCGACAAUGAAGUCGAUAUUUCAGAUGUUGCCAAUCCUGUCCCUGAUUUGACUCUCGCUGAACUGCCACAGUGCCCCCAGUGUGAUGGGCUUCUACGCCCAGGCGUGGUUUGGUUUGGAGAACCCCUUGAUGAGCAAACUCUGGAAUCCAUUAGCCGAUGGAUUAAGAAAGCUCCAGUUGAUCUCAUGCUGGUCAUUGGUACAAGCUCUAAUAUCUACCCUGCUGCCGGGUAUACUGAGGAAGCUCGCAAAGCCGGUGCUCGUGUGGCAGUUAUCAAUAUGGAUCCAGAUGACAGGGCUGUUCAAAACCUGCAAGAGGGUGACUGGUUUUUUCAAGGUGAUGCUGCGGUCAUCAUCCCCGAGAUUCUGAAGAGCGUCAUCGGAGAAGUUGAAGAAGAUCCCCUUCAGAUGCCAAUUUCCAAUCAAGCCUAG